UAAGUACUACUGUAUUAUCAUUACCAUUUUUUCUCCGUCAAUUCCAACAAUGGACUCCCAAUUUCAACCACCGUCACCGGAAAACAACUCAGUCGCCACAACUGACGACAUAACAACCGAUACAAAGAACCUCUAUCUUAACGAAGACGAUGAUGAUCAAUGGCAACAACAACAACCUCUUUUAUCCUUCACCGAAAACAACUCAGCCACAUAUAUAUCCUCACAAAACCCCUGUCUAGAUUUCUUCUUCCACGUCGUCCCUGACACGUCACCACAAGACGUCAUCAACCGUGUACAGUCAGCAUGGGCUCACGAUCCACUCACUACUCUGAAACUCAUAUGUAACCUCCGUGGUGUUCGCGGGUCAGGUAAGUCUGAUAAACAAUGUUUUUAUAUUGCUGCUUUAUGGUUACAUCACAAUCACCCGAAAACCUUAGCGAAUAAUGUUGCGAAUUUCGUCGAAUUCGGAUACUUUAAGGACUUGUUAGAGAUUUUGUAUAGGAUUGUGAAAGGACAUGAUGUUAGAGAAAAACAGAAACAUGAUUGGUUAGCUAAGAAAAUGGCGAAAGGGAGAGGUGUGGCGAGAAAGAGGUAUUUUCUUUCGAAAAAGAAGAAGAGAGAAGAAACGAAGGAAGCAGGCGGUAGGGAUACCGAGAGAGCGAAAAGGAGAGAAAGCGUGUCGAGGGAGGAAAGGGUCGAGGCGAAUAAGGUGAGAAUGGAAGAAGAGAAAGAAAGGGCGAAAGCGUUGAGGAGAGAAAAGGAAGUCAGGAUGGUUGGAAAGGCGAAUGAUAUGUAUAACUCUGAUAUGAAUUAUAAGUAUUUGCAUGAUAAGGUGUCUUUGUAUUUUGCUAUUUGUUUGAAAUCGGAUAUUGAUAUGUUGAAUAGUGGUGAUAAGAUGAAAAUUAGUUUAGCGGCCAAGUGGUGUCCUAGUGUGGAUUCUUCGUAUGAUAAGGCUUUAUUGAUGUGUGAAUCGAUCGGUAAGAUCCUUUACCCCAGGAAUGGUGAUUUGGAGUUGGAAGGGCUUGAUGAGGUUACUUAUGUGAUAAAGGUUAAGAAUCGGUUGAGGAAAGAAGUACUUGUGCCUUUACAUAGUGCUUUGAUGUUGCCCGAAGUUUAUAUGAGUGCCAAGGAAUGGAGUUUGGUUUGUUACGAGAGAGUUGCUUCUAUUGCUAUGAAGAAGUAUACGGAUAUAUUUUUGCAUAGAGAUAAUAAGAGGUUUCGUGAGUAUUUGGAGAAUGUGAAGGCUGGUGACGCGAAGAUUGCUGCAGGGGCAUUGUUGCCUCAUGAUAUUAUUCGUUCUUUGAAUCGUGGGAGUGGGGCAGGUAUUGUGGCAGAGCUUCAAUGGAAACGAAUGGUGGAUGAUUUGUUGAACAAGGGAAAGUUGACAAAUUGUAUUGCAGUUUGUGAUGUUUCUGGUAGUAUGUCUGGGACACCCAUGGAGGUGUCUGUGGCACUUGGGUUGCUAGUUUCAGAACUCAGUGCUGAGCCGUGGAAGGGUCAUGUGAUUACGUUUAGUCAGUCCCCGGAGUUGCAUUUGAUUGAAGGGCGUAAUCUUAGAUCAAAGACAGAGUUUAUUCGAAACAUGGAUUGGGGAUUUAACACGAAUUUUCAAAGGGUUUUUGAUAAGAUGUUGGAGGUUGCUGUGAAUGGGAAGCUGAGUGAAGAUGAUAUGGUGAAAAGGGUGUUUGUUUUUAGUGAUAUGGAGUUUGAUCAGGCUUCUAGUGAUCCAUGGGAGACUGAUUAUGAAGCGAUACAGAGGAAGUUUAAGAGUUGUGGGUAUGAGAAAGUGCCUGAAAUUGUGUUUUGGAAUCUUAGAGACUCGCCUUCUACUCCAGUGACUGCCAAUCAGAAGGGAGUGGCUCUGCUUAGCGGUUUCUCAAAGAAUUUGUUGACUCUGUUUCUUGAAGAAGGUGGGGUGAUCAAACCUGAGGAUAUGCCAGUGACGACUAGUGAUGGUGCUGAUACAAAAACAGGCGACGAGGGUUUAAAUCCAGAAAGUACCAUGGAGGCUGCUAUAUCCGGAGAACUGUAUCAGAAACUGGUUGUAUGUGAUUGAUGUGUGCUGCACCACUGCACCAGUAAUGCAUUGUUGGACGGUCUACUGGAAGUUUAUAGCGUUGGUCCUCUACAUGUGUUAAGGUGAAAAGUGUUUAGGUUGCUAGCUUUUGAGUUGUAGAAAUAUGGCUGUGUUUUCAUCUAUAAAAUGAACCCAAAUGCUUGUUUUUAUCGCUAUGAGUAUAUAUAGAGUCAUGACUUCUUGAAAAGAGGACUCUCAUAGCAACUUGUAGCUGGGACUUUUGAGUAAUGAGAAUAGUUUGUUUCACAUUAA